AUGGGGUCAUUGGCUCUCAUCUCAAAAGGCAAGGGUGUUGGAGAGGAAGAACCAGAAACUGAUCUUUCUGACAAUGAUCUGACAAGUGAAGAAUAUGCCUUGAUGAUUUCAAACCCCAAACGGUUUACAAGAAAGAAAUUCCCUACCACUAAGAACCGAAACUGGCAGGGAAGUUAUAGUUCCGAGAAACCAAAAGAUGAGAAUAAAAGCACUCCUCUUAGGGAUGAAGGGAAGAACAAGAAAAGCAAGCUGGAAAAUACAGAUGAAGAUGAGUUUGGAGGAGUGGAGAUUUGGUCAACUGACUCUGAGGAUGAGGAGUUACAUUUAGAUUGUGAGAUGGGUAAAAAGAUUCACAAAAUGAUCUUACCUUUCCUUGAAUUCAAGGAAGACGAGAUUGAUGCUGAUUGUUACAAGUGUGAAUUUAUCGUCUCUUCAGACGAAACCUCUGAUGCUUACAGAAUUGGACUAGAAAAAAUUGAAUAUUUUAUUAAGUCCAAACACCAUAAGGACAUGUUGAAAAAUUUGCUUGAUGAAAAUGACAGGUUGAAAAUCAAGACUGAAACUGAAAGUGAUACGAGCGAAAUAUCUGUAGAAGAUGAGGUUGACUAUUCCGAGUUUGUGAAAACUGAACCCAAACUUAUAAAAGUCCUGAUUUCUGAAAACUCAGUCGAGUUCGCUCGCAUUUCUCAGAAUAAGCCAAAAAUUUUGAAUGCAAAAGCUACGGUAUAUCCUAAAGUCCAAACGGUCCCAAAUAAAGUUUUUCAAGGUCAAUGGAGUGAACAAAACUUAAACAGUGGAACUGACUUCGCUUGUAUUCAUGACGAGAAGUUUGACUACGAAUGGUAUAUUGACAGUGGCUGCUCAUGUCACAUGACUGGGAGAAAGGAAGAGUUGAGGGAGUUUCGCGCUCUGAAAGAUGGAGGAAAUGUAAAGUAUGGUAACAACUCAUUUGGAACGAUCAAAGACUAUGGGAUGAUGUCUAAUGGAGAUUUCUCAAUACAGAAGGUGGCUUAUGUCGAAGGACUACAACACAACCUGAUUAGUGUCUAUCAAUGGGUUGUGGGAACUAGCUUGAAAGUAAGCUUUGAUGACGAAGGUUCUGAAAUUAUAGAGAAGGAAACGAAAGUUGUUCUCUUGAAGUCCCUGUUGGAAGUGUCCCCAAGGUCAUUAACUAAUUGGUGA